AUGUUGGUAGGAUUUCUCCUAGUUUGUGUAACAGUGCUGGCAAAGCGCAGCGGGCAGAACGGCAGCGAAAAGUGCAACACGCCCAACUGCAGGGACUGCACAAACCCGAAGGCCGAGAACGAGGCCUGCACUGGCUGCGACCCCGCCUACGUUCUGAGCGGGAGCCAGUGCGUCGAGAGGAAGUGCAACACGCCCAACUGCAGGGACUGCACAAACCCGAAGGCCGAGAACGAGGCCUGCACUGGCUGCGACCCCGCCUACGUUCUGAGCGGGAGCCAGUGCGUCGAGAGGAAGUGCAACACGCCCAACUGCAGGGACUGCACAAACCCGAAGGCCGAGAACGAGGCCUGCACUGGCUGCGACCCCGCCUACGUUCUGAGCGGGAGCCAGUGCGUCGAGAGGAAGUGCAACACGCCCAACUGCAGGGACUGCACAAACCCGAAGGCCGAGAACGAGGCCUGCACUGGCUGCGACCCCGCCUACGUUCUGAGCGGGAGCCAGUGCGUCGAGAGGAAGUGCAACACGCCCAACUGCAGGGACUGCACAAACCCGAAGGCCGAGAACGAGGCCUGCACUGGCUGCGACCCCGCCUACGUUCUGAGCGGGAGCCAGUGCGUCGAGAGGAAGUGCAACACGCCCAACUGCAGGGACUGCACAAACCCGAAGGCCGAGAACGAGGCCUGCACUGGCUGCGACCCCGCCUACGUUCUGAGCGGGAGCCAGUGCGUCGAGAGGAAGUGCAACACGCCCAACUGCAGGGACUGCACAAACCCGAAGGCCGAGAACGAGGCCUGCACUGGCUGCGACCCCGCCUACGUUCUGAGCGGGAGCCAGUGCGUCGAGAGGAAGUGCAACACGCCCAACUGCAGGGACUGCACAAACCCGAAGGCCGAGAACGAGGCCUGCACUGGCUGCGACCCCGCCUACGUUCUGAGCGGGAGCCAGUGCGUCGAGAGGAAGUGCAACACGCCCAACUGCAGGGACUGCACAAACCCGAAGGCCGAGAACGAGGCCUGCACUGGCUGCGACCCCGCCUACGUUCUGAGCGGGAGCCAGUGCGUCGAGAGGAAGUGCAACACGCCCAACUGCAGGGACUGCACAAACCCGAAGGCCGAGAACGAGGCCUGCACUGGCUGCGACCCCGCCUACGUUCUGAGCGGGAGCCAGUGCGUCGAGAGGAAGUGCAACACGCCCAACUGCAGGGACUGCACAAACCCGAAGGCCGAGAACGAGGCCUGCACUGGCUGCGACCCCGCCUACGUUCUGAGCGGGAGCCAGUGCGUCGAGAGGAAGUGCAACACGCCCAACUGCAGGGACUGCACAAACCCGAAGGCCGAGAACGAGGCCUGCACUGGCUGCGACCCCGCCUACGUUCUGAGCGGGAGCCAGUGCGUCGAGAGGAAGUGCAACACGCCCAACUGCAGGGACUGCACAAACCCGAAGGCCGAGAACGAGGCCUGCACUGGCUGCGACCCCGCCUACGUUCUGAGCGGGAGCCAGUGCGUCGAGAGGAAGUGCAACACGCCCAACUGCAGGGACUGCACAAACCCGAAGGCCGAGAACGAGGCCUGCACUGGCUGCGACCCCGCCUACGUUCUGAGCGGGAGCCAGUGCGUCGAGAGGAAGUGCAACACGCCCAACUGCAGGGACUGCACAAACCCGAAGGCCGAGAACGAGGCCUGCACUGGCUGCGACCCCGCCUACGUUCUGAGCGGGAGCCAGUGCGUCGAGAGGAAGUGCAACACGCCCAACUGCAGGGACUGCACAAACCCGAAGGCCGAGAACGAGGCCUGCACUGGCUGCGACCCCGCCUACGUUCUGAGCGGGAGCCAGUGCGUCGAGAGGAAGUGCAACACGCCCAACUGCAGGGACUGCACAAACCCGAAGGCCGAGAACGAGGCCUGCACUGGCUGCGACCCCGCCUACGUUCUGAGCGGGAGCCAGUGCGUCGAGAGGAAGUGCAACACGCCCAACUGCAGGGACUGCACAAACCCGAAGGCCGAGAACGAGGCCUGCACUGGCUGCGACCCCGCCUACGUUCUGAGCGGGAGCCAGUGCGUCGAGAGGAAGUGCAACACGCCCAACUGCAGGGACUGCACAAACCCGAAGGCCGAGAACGAGGCCUGCACUGGCUGCGACCCCGCCUACGUUCUGAGCGGGAGCCAGUGCGUCGAGAGGAAGUGCAACACGCCCAACUGCAGGGACUGCACAAACCCGAAGGCCGAGAACGAGGCCUGCACUGGCUGCGACCCCGCCUACGUUCUGAGCGGGAGCCAGUGCGUCGAGAGGAAGUGCAACACGCCCAACUGCAGGGACUGCACAAACCCGAAGGCCGAGAACGAGGCCUGCACUGAAUGUAAUGACGGCGAUUACCUCACCCCAACUAGUCAGUGCGUAUCUGACUGCACGACCCUCAAGGGCUACUACGGAGACGAUAGUGGCAAAAAGACAUGCAAGAGGUGCAACGAUGCGUGCGCAGAGUGUAAGGGUGAGGGUGCUGAUAAGUGUACGGCCUGUCCUGCUGGGAAGAUGCUCAAAUACACGGAUGAGAACAGUCCAUCAAGCGGUACUUGCGUGGACGGGUGCAAGCCCCAGAGUGGAGCUAGCGGAUGCGAGACCUGCGGAGCCACCAUCGGAGGGACAAAGUAUUGCUCGAAGUGCAGCACAUCCACGGAGGUCCCCGUCAACGGGGUCUGUACAGCAGACAAUGCCCGCGCAGCUGCGUGCAAGGUGAAAGAUGGCAAGGGAGGGUGCACUACGUGUGCCAGUGGGUACUUCCGCCAGGACAACGGCUGCUAUAAGACUGACAGACAACCUGGCAUACAGAUAUGCACGCUAGCCAGUCAGGGCGACAAGUGCGAGACGUGCGCCAAUAGUCUUCAGCCUAGUGCGGCUGGAGUAUGCCCUUUGUGUGAUUCCGCUUGCAAAACGUGCACUAGUGCAAACGAUGCAAACACAUGUUCAUCUUGCGUUGUAGGAUAUUAUCAGGUUGGAACCAAAUGUGUAAGAUGCGACACAAACGAUCCUAACGGUAAUAAGCCUAUCACUGGAGUUAAAGAUUGCGUAAGCUGUGCUCCUCCAGCUGGCGGCGAUGGUGGCUCUGUCAUCUGCUACGUCAAGACGGAUGGCACUGACAACGGCGGAAGCGUCAAUAAGAGUGGCCUUUCUACCGGCGCCAUUGCAGGCAUCGCCGUGGCUGUGAUAGUUAUUGUAGGUGGUCUUGUUGGCUUCUUGUGUUGGUGGUUCCUAUGCAGAGGCAAAGCGUAG